ACCGCCUUACCCCAUCAGCACCAGCCACCAACCACCAUGAAGCUUGCCACAUUUAGCCUGGUCUCCAUGUGCGCUUCUACGCUCAUGCUCCUGGCUUUCAUAGCUGUCACCGAGGGCAAGAAGCCCGGCGUUAGCGAUGUCUGUUGCAAGAGGUCGAACGGUAGUUUCCACUUGGUCCCCGGAAAGUGCCCUCAAGGGGAAGAUCAGGUCUCCAUUGAUCCUUACUGUCGUCACAGCUGAGCCUCUGAAGUGGCAGAACACCAAUCGGUGAGCACGUCCUCGUAGCACACUAGGUGCUAACAAGCGACCUUCCGCCCGUGCUUGAAGCUCGUCGGGCACAGGUGAAGCCCAUUUGGUCAAAUCAUCGCUCCAAACCUCAACACGAUUUCAUCCGAUUCCUCAGCACGAGGGCAGACAGCAGAG